AUGUUUAACCGCAAUAACUUUUCUAUGCCUUUCGGGUCUCGGCCCUCUCGCGAAGACGGCCCCAACCCGAGCCAGGGACCUCCUCCGUAUCCACGAAGAGAAUACAACACUAACCCUGCGCCUACGGGUGGUGUAGGGUAUGAAGACCGCUCUCAUCCGCCCGACUAUGACACUUUAAUGACUGACGCUUAUAAUAUUUCAAGGGGAUAUGGAGCACCGAUGGGAAGGCCUAGUCAACCGCCACAGAUGCCCCCGAGAGCUCCGGUUGGAGGAAGCUCGGGGAGAACCUGGACCUUGCGCCCCGCGAAGAGUCCCGAUAAUAAUUACACUUUUGGUAACUUAGUUGCAGUUUCGCCGCAGGAUUUCCCGCCCACGCGCGAUGGGCUCGACCUUUUCCUUCUUGUAAACGAUCUAUAUGUAUUUUCCGCGCGCCCCUAUGAUGGCUUUCCGCCGGGUCAUAUCAGCAUGUCGGAUCCUCAGCGGACGUGGGCUAGAGUUGCUUUCACAGACUCUGUCAAUGUACAGAUUUACGAUCCGUUCAGUCAAGGCGGGCAGGCAUAUAUCGGUUCCACGGAUAUUGAAAUCGGGUUUGCUGGAAAGAAGAGAGUCGAAACUCCCUACGACCAAGACGAGUUGGGCAGUGCUGUGGUCAAGACCUUUGAAAACCAAAUAUUUGCCCCUGGCCAGAAGAUUCUAAUGGACCAUAGAAGCAUUCCUCUUAUACUAACGGUCAAAACUGUUCAACGUGUCGACCUGAGCUCCGAGAAAGCUGAUCUCUCCAGCGGUCAUGUAGAGACCGACCCUAGUGCCAGGGGAAUACUCACAAGGCAUUCCCAGAUCAACUUUUUCAAGGAUGCCCGCACUGGUAUCAAUUUGAAGGCGUCAAACCGUCGACCAGCUGCCAACUCUAUCAUUCAGCCUGACUUCAAAUUCGAGAACAUGGGUAUUGGAGGUCUUGAUGCAGAGUUUAGCACAAUCUUCCGCCGUGCAUUUGCGUCUCGCAUUUUCCCUCCAGGUUUAGUUGAGAAACUAGGUAUCCAGCAUGUAAAGGGCAUGCUGCUUUAUGGCCCUCCAGGAACUGGUAAAACGUUGAUUGCCCGGCAAAUCGGCAAGAUGUUAAACGCAAGGGAACCAAAGAUUAUCAACGGUCCUGAAGUGCUAAAUAAAUAUGUCGGCCAGUCAGAGGAAAAUAUUCGAAAGCUUUUUGCCGAUGCAGAGGCUGAGUACAAGGAGAAAGGCGAGGAAAGUGGGCUUCACAUCAUCAUUUUUGAUGAGCUUGAUGCUGUUUGUAAGCAGCGUGGUAGUGGAGCAGGCGGUGGCACAGGUGUAGGUGAUAGUGUGGUGAACCAAUUGCUAUCAAAGCUCGAUGGUGUCGACCAACUUAACAACAUCCUCCUUAUUGGUAUGACCAACAGGAAAGACAUGAUCGAUGAUGCGCUACUGCGACCUGGUCGUCUUGAGGUCCAUAUGGAAAUUUCCCUCCCGGAUGAGAAGGGCCGAGCUCAGAUUCUCAAGAUUCAUACCCAGAAGAUGAGGGACAACAACGUGAUGGAUGUGGAUGUUAAUCUAUCCGAGCUAGCAUUGAUGACCAAGAACUUUUCGGGUGCCGAGAUUGCAGGACUUGUCAAAUCCGCGUCCUCAUUCGCCUUUUCCCGCCAUGUCAAGGUUGGAACAAUGGCUGGUAUCAGCGAUGACGUGGUAAACAUGAAAGUUAACCGAGGUGACUUCCACAAUGCUCUUGACGAAGUUAAACCUGCGUUUGGUGUGUCAGAGGAGGAACUCUCAAGCCGUAUUCAGUACGGCAUCAUCCAUUACUCCGAUCAGAUUAACGAAAUCUUAAGGGAGGGUCAGCUCUUUGUGAAGCAGGUCGGGGAAUCGACACCUUUGUUCUCCGUCUUGUUGCACGGUCCAACCGCAUCAGGAAAGACUGCGCUCGCAGCGCAGAUUGCCAUUGACUCUGGUUUCCCCUUUAUCAAACUGAUCAGCCCUGAAGAUAUGGUCGGCUUUAGCGAAAUGGCUAAGGUUCAAUAUAUCAGCAAGAUAUUCGAUGACGCUUACAAGAGUCGUACCAGUGUGGUGGUCGUCGAUAACAUCGAAAGAAUCAUUGAUUGGGUCCCAAUCGGUCCUCGGUUUAGUAAUACUGUUUUACAGACAUUAAUGGUCUUUUUGAGAAAGCAGCCGACCAAGGAGCGGCGAUUGUUGGUUCUGGCAACUACAACCCAGAGAGCUGUACUGAAACAGCUGGAUGUAUACAACUCAUUCAAUUCUGAUAUCAUGGUCCCGAAUGUCAUGAAGUGUGCUGAGUUGGAGUACAUCAUGAAACAGUCGGAGGCGUUUGAUGACCAGGAAAUUACCCAGGUGUUAGGAGCGAUUGGGGGUAUCGACCAGGCCGAUAAGACCCCUAAAGAGAAAGUCAUCGGUGUCGGUGUCAAGAAAGUGCUGUUGGGCAUUGAGACUGCCAAGCAGGAUGCUGAUAAGGUUGAACGGUUCGUGCGUGUUAUUGACAGGGCCAUUGAGGAAGAGCGGAGUUUCGACUAA